AUGAUUUCUUCUAAGUUAGCCAGGAGGGCAAUCAUAUCACCUAGCUUGCUAGCUAGUGAUUUCGCAAAGUUAGCUGAAGAUGCUUCCAAUAUAAUAUCCCUUGGAGCAGACUGGCUGCAUGUUGAUGUUAUGGAUGGACAUUUUGUUCCAAAUAUAGCAAUCGGAUUCCCAAUCAUAAAGUCUUUAAGGAAAGCUCUCCCAGAUGUGUUCUUGGAUUGCCACAUGAUGGUUCAAGAUCCAGAAAAAUGGGUAGAACCUCUUAAGGAAGCAGGAGGAAGCAUGUUCGUAUUCCAUUACGAAGCUGAUAUUGAAGAUUAUGAAGCUCUUAUUGCAAAGAUUCGAGAUAAUGGAAUGAGAGCAGGAAUUGCCGUCAAGCCAUACACAGAAAUCGAUGAGACAAUCUAUGACUUGAUAAAGAAAGAUCUGGUAGAUAUGUUCCUGGUCAUGACAGUGGAGCCUGGAUUUGGAGGUCAGUCCUUCAUUGAAGAUGCUAUGCCCAAGCUCAAGAAGCUCAGAGAGGAUUUCCCUCACCUUGAUAUCCAAGUGGAUGGAGGAGUGAAAAGAUCCAACAUGGAUAUCUCAAUUAAAGCAGGAGCCAAUGUAUUAGUCAGUGGCACUGGAUUAUUUGGUCAGGAUGAUGCUGAACAAAUUAUGAAAGAAAUGAAAGCUGGAAUUGAUGAAGUCACAGCAUCUGAGGAAGAAUCAUCUUAAUUCAAUCAAUAAAGUAA